GCAGCACAGCCCCGGCCCCCCCGCACCCCGAUAGCCCCUUCACCACCGCCGCCGCCCUGCCGGGGUAGGGCCACCGCCGGGCAUCGCUGCCCAACACCGGCCCGCCGGGGCCCGGGUCAGGGUCACCGCCAGGGCACGUUUGGCGCCAGUUCCUGAGGUUCUCUAAUGAUCUUGUUUCACCAUGGCAACCAAUGUGGAGGUGCUGGCUCAGCAGGUAGUGGAGACUCAGCGGGUGGCUGAGGUGCAGACUGUUCAGACUUCACUCUCUGAAUCUCCAGUGAUGACCAGUCCUUCCCAGCGUAUCCAGAUAAUUUCCACAGACUCCUCUGUAGCUUCACCACAACGCAUUCAGAUUGUGACAGAUCAGCAAACAGGUCAAAAAAUCCAAAUAGUGACAGCAGUGGACUCAGCUGUGUCUCCAAAGCAACAGUUUAUUUUAGCCAGUCCAGAUGGAACUGGUGCAGGAAAGGUGAUACUGGCAACACCUGAGACAUCUAAUGCCAAACAGCUUAUCUUUACCACCACAGACAACAUCAUGCCAGGCAGAAUUCAGAUAGUGACAGACUCUGCUUCAGUGGAACGUUUGCUGGGAAAAGCUGAUGUUCAGCGGCCCCAGGUAGUAGAAUAUUGUGUGGUCUGUGGCGAUAAAGCAUCAGGUCGUCACUAUGGUGCUGUCAGUUGUGAGGGAUGCAAAGGUUUCUUUAAAAGGAGUGUGAGGAAGAAUUUGACCUACAGUUGUCGUAGCAACCAGGACUGUAUCAUCAAUAAACACCAUCGGAAUCGCUGCCAGUUUUGUAGGCUUAGAAAAUGUCUAGAGAUGGGCAUGAAAAUGGAAUCGGUUCAAAGUGAAAGAAAACCUUUUGAUGUGCAGCGUGAAAAACCAACCAACUGUGCAGCUUCCACUGAGAAAAUCUAUAUCAGGAAAGAUCUUCGAAGCCCUCUAAUAGCAACUCCAACGUUUGUGGCAGAUAAAGAUGGGACGCGGUCAGCAGGUCUUCUUGAUCCAGGAAUGCUUGUGAAUAUUCAGCAGCCUUUGAUCAGGGAUGAUGGCACAGUCCUCCUAGCUGCUGACUCCAAGGGUGAAACAAGCCAGGGUGCUUUAGGAACAUUAGCAAAUGUUGUAACAUCUCUUGCUAAUCUCAGUGAGUCACUAAAUAAUGGAGAUACUUCUGAAAUUCAACAAGAAGAGCAAUCUGCAAGUGAGAUUACACGGGCAUUUGAUACUUUGGCUAAAGCACUUAAUACCACAGAUGGUACAGCAGCUCAUAACUUGGCAGAUGGGAUGGAUCCUACAGGAGGAGGGAAUAUUCAUGUAAUCAGUAGAGAUCAGUCAACACCAAUUAUUGAAGUGGAAGGACCCCUACUUACAGAUACACAUGUCACAUUUAAGCUGACAAUGCCCAGUCCAAUGCCGGAAUACCUUAAUGUACACUACAUCUGUGAGUCAGCAUCACGACUACUUUUCCUCUCUAUGCACUGGGCUAGGUCCAUACCUGCAUUUCAAGCUCUUGGGCAGGACUGUAAUACAAGCCUCGUGCGUGCCUGCUGGAAUGAGCUAUUUACCUUAGGCCUGGCACAGUGUGCACAGGUGAUGAGUCUGUCUACUAUCCUGGCAGCUAUUGUCAACCAUCUCCAGAACAGCAUACAAGAAGAUAAACUUUCUGGAGACAGAAUAAAGCAAGUCAUGGAACACAUCUGGAAACUUCAGGAGUUCUGUAACAGCAUGGCCAAGCUUGAUAUUGAUGGAUAUGAAUAUGCAUACCUUAAAGCUAUAGUCCUCUUUAGCCCUGAUCACCCUGGUCUGACCAGUUCAACCCAAAUAGAAAAAUUCCAGGAGAAGGCACAGAUGGAAUUACAGGACUAUGUACAAAAAUCCUAUCCAGAAGAUACUUAUAGGCUAGCCCGGAUUCUAGUUCGCCUGCCAGCACUUCGGCUGAUGAACUCUAGCAUCACCGAGGAACUGUUUUUUACUGGUCUCAUUGGAAAUGUUCCCAUUGACAGCAUAAUACCUUACAUUCUUAAAAUGGAAACCGCAGAAUAUAAUGGUCAAAUAACUGGCACGUCUGCAUAGUGGGAACAACGCAAUGAGAUGGAUGAGAGUAGUUUUCACAAAAACGUAGAAUUAUGAAGUUAAAAGAAUAGCAUUUUGGUAUGUACAACUGUUUUCAACUUGUUACCAGUUUCCUGUCAGGUUUCUCCUUGUCUGUUUGCUGACAUUGACAACAUUUAAGCAGCUAUUGAAAGACCUGCUAUAGGACCUUUUCUGCCACAAGGAAUAUUUUUGAUGCCUUUCAUUUAAAAGGCUAUAGAUUACUGAACAUACUUUUCACAUGCUUUGUAUUUAGAAAUUAGUGGUGGUUAAAGAGAGUUUUAUAAUAUCAGAGAUUAAUAGUAAAAUUACUUUAAAAAA